UGUUUUUAGUAGUAUAUAAAAAAUAAAAUUCCCUUUACUAACAAUUGGUAAGAUAUGUAUGAUUUUAUUGCUGAAUAACCACCAUUCUUUGAGAUAAAUGUAUAAAGUGUAUUUUGAUUAUGAUUAGAGUUUUCUUGUGAAGGAUAGAAUUACAAAAUAAAAAUAAUUAUUGAAGAGAAUUUAUGAGAAAAUAUAAGUGCCUGGUGAUGAAUUUAAGAUUUAAGUCUUUCUCAAAAAGAAUCCUCAUCCUAAUAUACUUUAAUAUAAUUCUCAUUAUGUUGAGGAUAGGAAAUAAUUUAUUUCUUUGGAUUAUUAUAAAUAAGGAACUUUGAAAAAUAUUUUUAAUAAAUUUAGGAAUCAUAUCCCAUUGAACAUAGUAAGGAAAAUUAUGGAAUAAUUAUUAAAUGGUAAAAUAUUUUUAUAUACACUUCAGGUUUGGAUCAUCUUCAUUCUAAUGGAAUUAUGCAUAGAGAUAUUUAACCAGAAAAUAUUAUAGUUACUAAUUUUGAUGAGAUUUAAAUUAAGAUUGCUAAUUUUACUCUUUCUGUUUUUGGUGAAUAGUUUACUAGAUUUUGUGGAAAAAAAUGUUAUGCGGCACCUGAAGUUGUUAAUCAUUUUAUUCAUACAAAUAAGUGUGAUAUUUAUAGUGCAGGAGUAGUAUUUUAUGAAUUGUUGAAUUGUAAACAGAUUUAGAGACAUUUUGAUCCUUAAAUUGCUUGCAUUGAAUUAAAAAAAUAAGGAUUAAAUGAAUAAGCAGUAGAUUUAGUCACAUAAAUGUUAGACAUUGAUCCAAUCAGGAGAUUAAAUAUAGAUGAUUGCUUAAGUCACAAAUUUUUUACUGAUGAAGAAUCCUAAGUCUCAAAUUAGUAAUAUAUAUAAUUAUGAUUUAGUAAGUAUCUAUUAAAUAAGAAUUAAGUGAACCCCAAGCUAUCUUAAAUUUAUAAUUGUUGAUUAAAAAUGAAUUAUUGAGUAC